CCAUGAGCUUUGCCAGUUUGCCAGCUUCUGGUUUUCCUCUUACAGGUACACAUUGAGGAACCUUCGUAGAUGAGUUUCCAUGGCAACAUGAUACAUAUGUGUGGUAAGAGCAUUAAUGUUAGGACCCAGCCUAUGAGAGCAGUUGGUUGGAUGGUGAUGAAAUGACGAACUACGACAGCGUACUUCCCACCAUCACUCACUCCUUCAAUUUGAACUUAUGAUCAGCUUGUUUCGUAUUGAUCACUCAUUGGUCCCUGGUGUGGUAUUGAGGAGGCAGCAUAACAGAUGACAGUUUCUCCUUAAUGGCUUAAACGCUUUUUAUCACAGCAGGCCACACAUUUUGAGUGGUGAGAGGUGAUGAAGAGGCAUUAAUCCUACUGAUAUUCCUCCACAGUAAACACCCUAGUUUUCUACACAGCUAUAUUGAUUAAUCUCAUUACCUUGCUGCACGGCAUCUGCUAGGAUAUCACAAAGGAGCAGAACUAGCAUCCUAUCGAAGGCUGAAUGCUUCACAGCAUGGUGAUAUAUCUCACAAGAAAAGUUCUGAAAGCUUCCUAUGAAAUAAUAUCUAAACUUAUUUACUGCCUUUAAAAGGAAAAAGUUGUUCAUUUAAUACACAGAACUGAGACUCUCAAUAUUUGAUGUUGUGAAAACAUGUUGGUGGACACACUGCAGCGUCAUCAAUGGUGGCUGGACCAGAUAAACCAGCACGACACUGUCAUCCUUCGCCAUCAAAAAUCUCGUCUUCAGAAAGCCAUUUUGGAACUUUUCAACAAAACAGGGCCAGGAGAGCGAAGGGCAGAACUCAUAAGAUUUUGGCUUCGACUGAACUACACCUUGACAACAAGUUCUCCCACUACAAUAACAACUGCUAAUGCUUUAAAUGAGGAAUACCAAGAGGAGAUAUAUGAAUAUUCUUUCUCACUUGUGGCUGUAAUAUCUGGAAUAUUUGUUUUUCUUACACUGGCUGCAACAAUUGGUGUCAUAGUAUUCUGCACCAAGAGAAACUCUGUUUUCUCAUCAGCUAGAUCAAAGAGAUCCACUUCACGUGAUACUGUUAAUUCUUAUGAAAUGACCGAUGCUAGUCUUACUGAUAUAGAAUAUACAGACUAUGAAACAGAAACAGAGGUAGACGAACCUCACUCAGUUGUAUCAUUCAUUCAAGAAAGCGACUACGAAGAUGAGACCCCCUUAGUUUCUCCUUCAUCCGAGAUUCCUCAGGCCAUGCCCACCUCUGCACACUACGGUUCUACACACAGAACUCGCAGAGACAUGAAUGUCAACAGCCUCUUUGACCCAGGCCCCAGCACCAGCGGUGUCUCAUCAACCACUUCCUUGAACAUUAAGAAAAGUCAGUCAUAUAAUGGGCGUCUUUAUGAACACAUCUCUCCUAACUCUGGAGAUGAAAGUGAUGAAGAUUACGACACAAUUCACUGCCUUAACACUGAUGACGCACUUCUUGCUUGUUCUGGUAAAGCCCCACUGGGAAAGAGUUUAAUCAGAAGCGCAAAGCAAAAAGGAAUUGCUAUGGCCAAGAGUGUUAAAAAGAGCAUUUCUUUUGAUAGCAAGUUCAAGUACAGGGAAAUCAGAGAAUAGACUUUGCUGAUCUUUCAUUAUGUGCCCAGCCAAGAAAAAUUGAUUGGGUUUUUAGGAGAAUUCCCUAUGUAUCUCAUUCAUUCAUGAAGACUAUCUCUGCUGCAUGCUUUCAUAAAAAACUCUUUUGUUUUAUUGCACAUGGAUAACAUGUAAUUCAUACAGAUGUUUCAGAGGUAUUUUCCAUAGUUGUCUUCAAAAGUUCACUUUACAAUCAACAUUUAUGACAGCCUUGUUUUUCCAAAUGUUUACCUGCCUAUCCAAACUGUGUACUUAGCUAUUUAAACAGUAAUUUCUAUCAAGUAUUACUUAUUAGCUAGCCUGGGAAUUUGAAUCUAAUUAAAUAUAACUAUCCUACACUUUAUCUAUAUUCAUUUAGGAAAAUCACCUUCAUUACAUUUAACUCCAUUCAUCUGUGUAAAUUGGUAAUGAAAUUGAACAACUUGAUUUUAAUGAAUUUUAUUGGGCUAAGGGAUGUCUGUCAAUACAGAAUUAGAGAAAGCACUGUUACAAUGUACAAAUGAGAAA